GCAUCAUGUCAUGUGCUUCAAGUCAUGAUUUCCAGUCUCCAGACACAGCUUUCACCCCCAAUGCACACCCCUUACCACCCAACAUUACCGUAACCAACUUCGCUCGAACUGCAAGCCGUACGGACAAUAUGGCUCCUACGAAACCCAAGCCGUUGACCGUGGCGCAGCACCUCGCCGGCUCCAACCAAGCUUGGCACGGCAAGGUCGCUCCGGGCACCGUCUUUCCCCCCGAGAGCGGCCGGUACCGUCUCUAUAUUGGCCUCUUCUGCCCCUUUGCCCACCGCGUCAACAUUGUGCGCCACCUGCUGGGGCUGCAGGCCGACAUCCCCGUCACCGUGGUCAAGCCGUACCCCAAGGGCAACGACAAGGGGUGGCCCGGCUGGGCCUUUCCGUCUAGCGCGACCGAGUACCCCGGCGCCAACCCCGAUCCGCUGUUCAACUCGAGUUAUCUGCACGAGCUGUAUUUCCGCGCUGACCCCGAGUAUCAGGGCCGUUACUCGGUGCCCGUGCUGUGGGACACGCACACCAACACCAUCGUGAACAACGAGUCGGCCGAGCUGAUGCACGACCUGCCCUCGGCCGGCUUCGCCUCGGCGUCGACCGCCGUCGACCUGUACCCGGCCGCGCUGCGGGCCCAGAUCGACACCAUCACGCCCUGGAUUCAGCGCGACCUCAACUCUGGCGUCUACCGCGCCGGGUUCGCCCAGACCCAGGAGGACUACGACAAGGCGGUGCCGCACGUGUUCGCGGCGCUCAACGCGCUCGAGCGGCUGCGCGGGGCCUCGGCCGCCGCGGGGCCGUACCUGCUGGGCGCGGCGCUGACGGAGCUCGACGUGCGUGCGUACGCGACCGUGGUGCGCUUCGACGUCGUCUACGUGCAGCACUUCAAGUGCAACCUCGGCACCAUCCGCCACGACUACCCGCAGCUGCGCAACUGGCUGGCCUUUUUGUACGAGCGCGUCCCCGCCUUCCGCGACACGACCGACUUCCGCCACAUCAAGGAGAACUACACAAAGUCGCACGCCGACAUCAACCCGCGCGGCAUCACCCCCAUGGGCCCUUGGCCGGAUGUUGAGGUUGACGGGUACGACGCGGACGCCACCAAGGUCCGCGUCGGCGGCGUCAAGAUGCCGCUCGUGCUGGAGCUGGAGAAGGAGUUGGAUCUGGGGUUGUAGUUAGGACGAGGUAAUGGGCGAUAGAACAUUUGCUGGGAAAAGACUGUAAAACCUAGCCCUGGUCAUGUCCAGUAGGAAAAGAAAAGUUGGAUAUCUUGACACUGCACUGUUCCAAUCACCCAGGGUGCUCUGAAGACCAAAGUGACCGUUUGGGUGCGCAUGUCACACGCACGGCAUGCUACGGUUAUCGGCACGCAGCCCACACGUCGACAAACCCCGGAUCCACCGAUCAGCUUUUAGCCACAUUGCACACAAAUACGCACAGCCGUUGGGGAUCCCACCCGGGAAGUUGGUUGCUGGGCGGCGGGGCGCAAUAUAAGUUGCCGCGUCUCUAUAACACGUAGUAUUAAAGCCUUUGCAGGCGGGAAUAGGCGGUUAUGUAAGAGCC